UUCAUCCCAAGAAAAAUGGAAACAACGGAAUCUAAUAAACAAGAAUUACGAUUAAAUUUAGAUACCAAUGGUCAAAGGAAUUUUAUAAAAUUUUAUAAAAGCUUGGGAGAUAAACCAUCUACCACGGUGCGUUUCUUUGAUCGUUCGGAAUACUAUACGGUUCACGAUGACGUUGAUUGUGAUUUAUUGUCACGUCUCGUGUAUAAGUCAACUGCAUAUAUACAUAAAAUGUCGCCUUCGUCUUCAGAUAGUCUUACAUAUGUUACGUUAUCGAAAGCAAAAUUUGAGAGCGCCGUGCGGGAAUUACUGCUAGUACGGAAUUAUCGCGUUGAAGUUUAUGUACGACAUCCAGAAAACGAUGGAUGGCGUGUGGAAUACCGCGGCUCUCCGGGAAAUUUGCUUCAGUUUGAGGAUAUUCUAUUUUCCAACCGCGAGAUACUUGUGGGCAAUAGCAUUCUAUCGUUGCAAUUACGCUGCGAAGGCAAUCAACGUAAAGUGGGUGCAGCUGCUGUGGAGCAAAAUGAUUGCGUUUUUCAGGUAUUAGAAUUUGUGGAUGAUGAUUUCUACACUGAAUUGGAGGCGACUGUGGUCUUGUUGGGUCCAAGAGAAUGCUUAUUACCAGCCACUGAUGGGGAGCAUGAGACUAUUAAAAAUCUUUUGGAACGUAAUGGGGUGAUGGUUACGGUGCCUUCCAAAAUACCUGCAAUCGAAAAAAAUGACUUACAACAAGAUUUAAAUCGAUUAUUACAUUUCAAUAAGGGGCAACAAGAAGACGCUAAAGGUUUACCCGAGCUCCGACUUACAUUAGCAAUGGAAGCCUUAAGGGUGGCUAUAAAAUAUUUAGAUUUGACCAAUGAUGCUAGUAAUUUGGGGCAUUACCAAAUUCAACAGCUUGAUUUAAAAAGAUUUGUACACUUGGAUGCUGCUGCUGUAAGUGCUUUAGACAUACUUCCACGAGCGGGUGUACAAUCGUCUUCUCCUUCCUACAAACAUCAAAGUGUCUUGGGUGUUCUAGAUCACUGCCGUACACCUCAAGGACACCGUUUAAUGUUGCAAUGGUUGAAACAGCCUUUAAGAAGUCGUGAGAUUCUCAAUGAUCGUCAUAAUAUAGUACAAUGCUUCUUGGAAGCCCCUGAGUCGUUGAAAAUUUUAUAUAAUGAUUUUUUAAAAUGUGUGCCGGACGUUUUGGUUCUAACUAAGAAAUUAUUGAGAAGUAAAGCAAAUUUGCAGGAUAUAUUUCGUAUAUAUCAAAUAAUAUUGCGUACUCCGAAGAUCGUUACAGUAUUAAAGGAAUUGGAAAACACCACCGUAAAAAGUGUUUUAAUAGAUCCUUUGACAGGAUGCUUGGAAGAAUUAAUUGGACUCAAACAAAUGGUAGAACAAGUAAUGGAUUUUGCAGCCAUCGAAACAGGGGAGUAUUUAGUUAAGGCGUCUUUCGACCAACAGUUGAUGGAAGUAAAACAGCACAUGGAUGUGUUGCUUGCUAAAAUGGAACGUUUAAGGGAAAAAGUUAACAAUGAUUUGGAAUUUGAGAAGAAUCAAUGGGUGCGUUUAGAAAAUGUGUCCCGCAUUGGUUAUCAUUUUCGAAUAACAUUAAAGGAUGAUGGUGCGCUUCGUAAACACAAGUCAUAUCGUAUAUUAGAAGUGGUUAAGGGCGGUGUGCGUUUUACAUCCGAGAAGUUGGCAGGGAUAAGCGAAGAAUUUUGUGAACUAUGUUCGCAAUAUGAGGAUCAUCAAAAAACUAUAGUUAUUGAAAUAAUUAAAGUGGCACAGGGUUAUGCUUCUCCUUUAGCAUUGUUGAACAACGAGUUAGCUAAAUUGGAUUGCUUGGUUAGUUUUGCCAUUGCUGCUCAAUCCGCUCCCAGACCGUAUGUACGACCCAACAUGUUGGCCGAAGGUUCAGGCGAGUUGGUGUUAAAAGACAUAAGACAUCCCUGCCUAGAAUUGCAAGAGCACGUAUCGUUUAUUUCUAAUGAUGUGGAGUUUCGAAAGGAAGACUGCAAUAUGUUUAUUAUUACGGGACCGAAUAUGGGCGGCAAAAGUACUUACAUACGUUCAGUAGGCACUGCCGUACUGAUGGCUCACGUUGGCAGCUUUGUUGCAUGUUCAGAAGCUUCUAUAUCUAUGGUGGAUUCUAUACUGGGCCGCGUAGGUGCCAGCGAUAACAUUAUUAAAGGAUUAAGUACUUUCAUGGUCGAAAUGCUUGAAACAUCGGGCAUUAUUAGAACCGCUACCCAUAAAUCCUUAGUAAUAAUUGAUGAACUGGGACGUGGUACUUCCACUUACGAAGGCUGUGGAAUAGCUUGGUCUAUAGCGGAGCAUUUAGCAAAGGAAACGAAAUGUUUUACAUUAUUUGCUACACAUUUUCAUGAGAUUACAAAUUUAGCCAGCACUGUAAAGACUGUCAAGAAUUGUCACAUGGCUGCUGUAGCUGAUAAGGAGAAUUUUACUCUACUGUAUCAGGUUAGACCGGGAAUAAUGGAAAAAAGUUUUGGUAUACAAGUGGCAAAAUUGGCGAAUUUUCCUAACGACGUAGUCCAAAACGCUCAACGCAUUUACAACGAACUUGAAGAUGAUCAUCUGGCCAAGCAAACACAGCAGGAUAAAGACCUACUGGAAAAAAUUCAUCUCGCUAUUGAGCGGUUGUCGACUACUGGGAACAAUAAAGAUAUUAAUGAAGCCGAUUUGACAGAAUUAGUUGAAAAAUUCGCCCAAGAUAUUAAACGGUUGGAUAGCGAAUAUUUUAAGGCAAUUUUACUUGCUAAACAAGAGGAAAAAUGUGAUUAAGUGCUUAGAUACACACACGAGAUGAUUAUUUUAAGGAUUUUUUUUUAGUAUUUUUACGCUUACCACCUAAGGAUCGAAAUAUACCAGAUUUGCCCUUCGUCCUCCCAUCUUUUGUAAAAACGUUUGCUUAAGUCGAUUUUCGUGAAAAAA